AUGAGCAGUGGAAUGGGAAGAGAAGUUGUUGAGGUGCUUAUGGACCUAAACGCCGACGUUUCAAGCGGCAGAGUUCACGUCGCUCCAAAGAUAGCUGCAGCCGAGUCUGAGGAGGAAUUUGAAGUCAAGGAAUGCACCGAGGAGGAUUCUCUUUCCGAGAACGCACCAAAACUCGAAAUCUCUGAGAGAAUCGGAGCUCAGAGAUCUCCUAAAAUCCGUAAUGGAAAUGCUAAAGUCUCAAAGCACGAUGCUCCUCAGCUCACGGUGAGGAGGCCAUUGCAACCAGAGAACAAGAAGCAUAUCGAGGACGAUGAUAAUUGCUCCAUUGCUUCUUCCGCCGUAUCAUCGAUGAGGAUGGGUAAGUCUGGAGUGACCCAUGGAAGUGCUCCAACGUUUAGGAGUGCUCAACGUGCUGAGAAACGCAGAGAAUAUUACCAAAAGCUUGAAGAGAAGAACCAAGCGCUUGAAGCCGAAAGGAACGAGCUUGAACAAAGGCAAAAGGAGGAACAAGAAGCAGCCUUGAAACAACUUAGAAAGAAUCUCAAGUUCAAGGCUAAACCUGUCCCCAAUUUCUAUUACGAGGCUCCUCCUGCGAAACCUGAGCUCAAGAAGCUUCCUUUGACGCGUCCCAAGUCGCCAAAACUCAUCCUUUCUCGGAGAAAAAGCUUCAGCGACGCAAUCACCUCGACUUCUCGUGAAGAGACUCUCAAGACGGUCUCUAACCGGAACAGACACAGCACCGGAACAGUUCAGAACAAAGACGAUCCCAAGAACAAGAACACCAAUGCCGCACAAGACAGCCCUCGUGUCAGAUCUGGCAAAGGUAAAUCUGGUUUGAAACCAGUUAACGAGUCCUUGGAAGAAGCUUGUGAGCCUUGA